UCUGUUGGUCUAAUAUGUUCUGCUCUGGCAUACGUGAAAAGUUCUCCUCACAUAGAUUAAUUUUGCACCAUUUCAUUUGUUUCAGGAUCAACUCUUGUGUAAAUUUAAACUAUUUUCUUAAGAAUCUGUAAGAGAAAUGCUUUUAAAAGAUAUUUACCACAUAGGUAUUCUUAAUAGCUGCCUACGUUUGUAACCGAAUGUGUGACAUAAACCAAAACCAGAGGUCUUAGCUAGUUCAAGCUAGUAUCCUAGGUCUGACCAGAAGCAAACUCAGUUCUCUGUGUGUAAAACUUCGGUUGAUUUUGCAGAGGAAUUAAAUAAACUAUGGAUGUAUUAGAUCUUCAUUUCAAUCCUGUUCCAACGGCACAGUUGGCAUAGUGUUUUUCCUAUAUAUCAAUAGUCUUGUUCUGUGCAUGCAUAAUAUUUCAAUUAAUCCCUCCUCAGCUGCCUAAAGGUCUGAUGAGAUACAUGUUAGAACUUUGAUUGCUUUUUCAUACAUUAUUGCCCCUGCAUUUGAGAUUUGGACCUUACAUGAUCAUGAUUAAAAGUAAUUACAGAAGACGAAUGAAGAAAUUGCUUCCUAUGAAGAGCAGAAGUACUUGAUUCUGAAAAAACUCUUAAAGUGGUUCUAACUUCAAAGCUGGAGAAAAGCAUGAGGGAACAAUCCGUCUGACUCAGUAUCUUGCACACAACACAGAAUGGCUCUUCAAAAGAAAACUGUUGCUGGUGUCUUGGAGGAGUGGUGUUUGGAGGAACCACUGUUCAGUUGCAGACGGCACCAGAAUGUUAGGAAAAAACUGAGACUGAUACGAAUUAUAGGUCUUCUUGUUAGCGUAGUGGCCAUGAGCACUUUCUCUCUUUCAAUUAGUGCCUUUUUCAAGAUGGAACCACAGAGCAUGGCAUUGGCCAGCAGCCUAGAGAGCCAAAAGCUAGUGCAUGGGCACCAAAGAACUCUGUUGGAUUUCACAGGACAGAAUGAAAAUGGCAGUCCAGACCCAUCCACUGCUAUGAAAUAUGAAGCUGAACAUGACAAUGCAACAGAUGAUCAUGCCAAGGGAGAAUACCCCAACGACCUUUUCUCUCUUGAGGAGAGAAGGAAGGGAGCAGUGAUUCUCCAUGUAAUUGGAAUGAUUUACAUGUUUAUAGCCUUAGCCAUAGUCUGCGAUGAGUUCUUUGUUCCUUCCUUGACUGUCAUCACAGAAAAACUGACUAUAUCUGAUGAUGUGGCAGGGGCAACCUUCAUGGCUGCUGGUGGGUCAGCUCCAGAACUGUUCACUUCUCUAAUAGGAGUGUUUAUAUCCCACAGCAAUGUUGGCAUUGGCACAAUAGUGGGAUCUGCUGUGUUCAAUAUUCUGUUUGUUAUUGGAAUGUGUGCUUUAUUUUCUAGAGAGAUCUUGAACCUUACUUGGUGGCCACUCUUUCGAGAUGUGUCCUUUUACAUCAUUGACUUGAUCUUGCUAAUCAUCUUUUUUCUGGAUAACUUGAUCAUGUGGUGGGAAAGCUUAACACUCCUGACAGCAUAUUUUUGCUAUGUGACUUUCAUGAAGUUCAACGUUCAAGUGGAAGAAUGGGUGAAGAAGUUUUUAAACAGGAACAAGGUUGAGAAGGUAACAGCAGCAGAUGCUGAAGGAAAGUCACCUAAUGCUGGCGACAAGGAUGACCAAACACUAACGACCAAGCCACGGCUCCAGCGGGGAGGAAGCUCUGCAUCUCUCCACAACAGUCUAAUGAGGAACAGCAUCUUCCAGCUCAUGAUACACACACUCGACCCUCUUGCUGAAGAGCUUGGAUCAUAUGGAAACCUAAAAUAUUAUGACACAAUGACUGAAGAAGGAAAGUUCAAGGAAAGGGCCUCAAUUCUGCAUAAGAUCGCCAAAAAGAAAUGCCAGGUGGAAGACAGUGAAAGGCAAAAUGGAGCUGCUAAUCAUGAAAAAAGUGCAAAAGUGGAAGUUGCAGUGACACCACCAAGUGAUUCAGGACCAGUGCAGAAUGGAAUCGCACCUAAUGUUGAAGAAGAGAAUGAAGAGGAUGAGGACCAGCCUCUUAGCCUGGCCUGGCCUGACACCCCACGCAAGCAGCUCACCUACCUUCUUGUAUUACCCAUUGUUUUUCCACUGUGGGUUUCACUCCCAGAUGUCAGAAAUCCUAAAUCAAGAAAAUUUUUUCCUAUCACAUUUUUUGGCUCUAUCAGCUGGAUUGCAUUUUUUUCUUACUUAAUGGUCUGGUGGGCACAUCAGGUUGGAGAGACCAUCGGUAUUAGUGAAGAAAUCAUGGGACUGACUAUUCUAGCUGCUGGCACAUCCAUUCCUGACCUUAUUACCAGUGUUAUUGUUGCCCGUAAAGGUCUGGGGGACAUGGCUGUAUCCAGUUCUGUUGGAAGCAACAUAUUUGACAUCACAGUGGGCCUGCCUCUUCCAUGGCUCCUGUACGCUGUCAUUAACAGCUUUGCCCCGGUGACAGUCAGCAGCAACGGUCUGUUCUGUGCAAUUGUCCUCCUUUUCAUCAUGCUGCUCUUUGUCAUCCUCUCGAUUGCUUUCUGCAAGUGGAGGAUGAAUAAGUUCCUGGGUUUCCUCAUGUUUGGGCUUUAUUUUGUGUUCCUGAUUGUCAGUGUCCUCCUGGAGGACAAAGUGAUCCAGUGUCCUGUCUCCAUCUAGUGAAAAAUGCUGUUUUGAGAAAAAAAAAAGAAAAAAAAAAGGAAAAAAACCCAAACCAACCAAACAAAAAAUAAACAACUUAAGAAAACAGCCAAAGCCAAACAAAAAUAAAAAAACCAAACCAAAACCACAAACAAAAACCAAACCACCCUCCCCUCAUCCAAACCCACAUAUAUUUAUUUAAAUAUGUAUAUACAUCAAUAUGAAACAGCAAAAACCCACAAUGGAAAGUUUCUGUGAGAAUAGCCUAUGGACUCCUAAAUUUCCUCUCACCCAUUUUCAAAAGAGAGAAAGAAAGAAUAGGAUACAAAGGAUGGAUCCCAGAGCUGAAGAAUGACUGCUGUUGGACAAUCCAAUCACAAGCGAAGGACUGAGUCCAGCUGCGCUGAGGUUUUCUUUGCUGCAGAGCAUCCUCACCACUCAGAACCAGAGAUGCUGCUCAUGCACAGAAACAGUGAAAGCUACAGCUUCUCCUAUGAGUAUGUACCUAUCCACAGAAUUCUCAUUCUCUGUUUUAGUAUACACAGAUACAUACACAGUGUGCUCAGUUCUCAAAGCUUUGAUCUUGUAAGGGAAUGUUAAUACUAAAUUUAUGAAAACAUCACCCCCACACACACCCUGGUGUGGGAGUUUUCUGAUAACCUGCUGAAACUCCUGAGUGGAAAGCAUACACCAAGCGCAUGAGUAGCAGACAGGGGAGAGAAGCGUCUCUUCCUGUAAGUGAAUUUAUAUGAUGUGAUUUCAGCAAGGACAGGGUAUUUGUAAAUAGUUUCAUCCUCUGUAUAGCAGGUCCGUAAAGGCAAUUAUCAGGAUGUUAGUGGUGGUUUAUUACAUCUUGCAAAACUCUUCAGAUUCCAGAAACUCUUGCUCUGGCACUGAAGGGGCCACACUAGCUGGGCCUGGCCAUUUUGUGAUUAGUGCUGUAACUUGUGCAUUUUUUUAACUGCAUUCAACGCAAUGCAGUGGCAAAGACGAGAAUGGGGAUACUCUGUCUUUAAUAGUUACGCAACAUGCAGACACCAUACAGCUACUGUGUGAACACAACAUUUUUUGCAGCAAUACAAGCAAUAAUAAUAUUUGGAUGCUGUUAUCAUAAUGAGUUUGCCUUUACAUGCCAGAAGAAAAAGGUUAAUUUGCUUAUGCGUAGUACUUCAUACAGAAAAUAGAGGUAGUUGAAAAGUGACAGCCUAAUUGCUGAAGUAGAUAUAUAUUUUACAGGCUUUCACUAUUACUUGGAGUGUAAGGACCUUCACAGCUACAUGUAGCUAUUGCUGGAAGAGAUUCCCAGCUGAUGUACAAAGCUGGAGCUCUUAUAUAUCUUUUGCUCUUUGCUCUUAUAAAUCUUGAAACUAGGUAGGAGAAACUAACAAUUUAAAUAUAGUGGAACUGCAGGAAACAUACAUAAUUAUUUUCCAGUAUUGCUGAAAGUGUGUCUGAAGAAGCCAAGGAAGGAGUGAAAAUACAAUAUUAUUUUACUGAAAUCCUGAGAGAAGAAGGUCCCAACCUAGAACAAAAAAAGUAAGGAGAGAGAAAGCAACAAAGUGUUUGUCUUUCCUGUAGUUUGGAUUAUUUUAAAAACAAAACAAAAAAAAAAAC